GGGCGGAGGGAGAAGGGGGGCGAUGCCCCACGCCGAGCCCAGCCCGCCGCUGUGCUGAGCCGGCAGGGCUGGCCGGAGGCUGGAGAGCGGGACAUGGUGCUGGAGCCCCCCGUGACGCUCCCCGGGUGGCCAAGGGGCGGCUGGUGAGGAGCUGGAGCGCGGCGGCGGAGCGAGGCCACGGUGAGGGAGCCCCGAGGAUCCGGCUGGGGAGCCAUGGGGAGAUGCAACGGGCGAUGCACGCUGGUGGGAUUCUGCUGCCUGCAGCUGGUCGCUGCUCUGGAGAGGCAGAUCUUUGAUUUCCUGGGAUACCAGUGGGCCCCCAUCCUGGCCAACUUCCUGCACAUCAUGGCCGUGAUUUUGGGUAUUUUUGGGACCAUCCAGUACAGAUCCAGAUACCUCAUGAUGUAUGCGGUGUGGUUGGUGCUGUGGGUCGGCUGGAACGCCUUCAUCAUCUGCUUCUACCUGGAGGUCGGGCGCUUGUCACAGGACCGAGAUUUCAUCAUGACCUUCAACACGUCCCUGCACCGCUCGUGGUGGAUGGAGAACGGCCCUGGCUGCCUGGUGACGCCGGUGCUCAACUCCAAGCUGGCUCCCGAGGACCACCACGUCAUCACGGUCAGCGGCUGCCUGCUCGACUACCAGUACAUCGAGGUGGUGAGCAGCGCCACGCAGAUCUUCCUGGCGCUCUUCGGCUUCGUCUACGCCUGCUACGUCAGCAAAGUGUUCCUGGAGGAGGAGGACAGCUUUGAUUUCAUCGGCGGCUUUGACUCCUACGGGUACCAGGCACCCCAGAAGACGUCGCACCUGCAGCUACAGCCGCUCUACACCUCGGGAUAACCGGAGCCAGCGGCGCCAGGACCCCGCGGUGCCACCACCCCCUGAUGCCACCACCCCCGGCGCGACGGGGCCACCACGGCGAGCGCCUGUCCCCUGCUGCAGCCCGGGACAUCGCGACAGCUCCAGCCGCGGGGGCUGUGCCACCCCUGGGCUCCCCCUGCCCGCCGUGGGGACACGGGGACAGCGCGGAGGUGGCAGCGCUCACGGGACACCGCUGGAUGUGCUCUCCCAGCCUGGCUCUUCCUUGGAGCAGCGGAGCGGGUUCGGGACAGGGACAGGGACAGGGACAGGGACAGGGACAGGGACAGGGACAGGGACAGGGACAGGGACAGGCACCGCCCUGGGGACAGGCGGGCUCGGGACACUUUCCCGACACUCCGGCUCUGGCUCAGACUGGCUCCAAGCCCGGGAUCUGCGCUCCCGCAGGGAUUCUCCCGCCCCCGCGCCGGGAUGGAGCAGCAGAGCAGGGACUCGCUCUGGGGCGCUCCGAGGAGUCGGAUCCGUCCGUCAGCAUCGCCUCGACCCCGGCUUUGGGGACACGGGGACACACAGGACCCUGAAUCCCCCUGCACCCCCUCCCUCCCACGUUCUGGGGGCCUUGCUCCGAGCUGGGAUCGGUCCCCGAGGCUGCCGCAGCCCAGCCCCCUCCCAGCCCUUCCAACGAUCGGAUGAAUGUUUUGGGUUGCUUUGGGAUCUUUUUCUUUCCAAUCAUUUCUUUGGGUUUGUAUUUAAUUUAAAGUGCCUGAGUAGACUCUGGCUGAGCCGGGCCCCACCCCCCCAAGGCUGACACCGUGCCUUCAGCAUCGCUGGGACCCCCCAGGGCCCCCCAAACCUCGCUCAGGGCUGGGGAUCCCACCCUGGUCCACGUUCAUCCAUCGGCUCCAGCGGCACAGGGACACCGGCACGGGGGGAGGGUUUUGGGGGGUGUGAGGUGGGUUGGGCAGGGAUUGCUUUGCAGGAGGAAGAUCAGCUGGGAAGGAAAAGCCUUGGAAGGAAGUGGAAGGAAAAGAAAAGGAGUUUCCUGGAGUGUCCCAGCUCCCCAGAACCUCCUCGCUCUCCUUUCCGUGGGAUGCGGCUCCUCCAGAACCCCUGGAUCUGCUCUGAAGCCCACCCUGCUCCCCUGGGAGGGAGCUGGGGAAUGUGGGUGGAUUUCACCUCCCAACUGUUUCUCCUCCAGUGCCAGGGGAAUUUUUUACACCCUGGAAUGGUUUUUUGGCCCUUCCCAACAAGGAGCCCUGGAAGUGCCAGGGCCCGGGAGCUGGGAUGGGCUGAGCCCCCACAGCCCUUCGCCACCUCCAGCCAAGCUGUGAACUCUACAGGCAAUAAUUUUCCACCCUUUGCCCCUCUUUUUUCCAUGGAAAACCGUGGUUUGUUCUGGCAGCGAUCCCCCUCAUCCCCCAGAACAUAUCCCCAUCCCCAAGCCCUGGGGCCAGCAGCAUCUUUGGGGUUUAUUUUCCUCUCCAGGACCAAGGAUGCUGCACUGACCUGCUCUGGGAUGGGAUGGGAUGGACAGGCAGACACUGCCCUGCUCCCAACCCUUCCCAAACCCAGCAGGAAGCAGCAGGAAGAGCUCACUGCAUUAAAGCUCUUGGGAAGAGCCUCCCUCCCUCCCCCGGGCUCCACAGGAGCCGGGCACGGCUCUCCAGGACCUUGGGUGUUUCUGUUCCGUUGGCUUGGUUUUCUAUGAGCCCGUCUUUGUAACGUGAAUCGAGGAUUUCUUUUCUAUUCUGUAAUUAUAAAAGUCAAAGGAAAGUUUCA